AUGGUUCAGUAUUUCGCUGUUUUCCUGAUUCUCUCUUUUUUUGGCGGCUCACUGGGAACAACCACCUCACCUCAGCAACAAACUGACGCCUCAAAGUUAAAAGACUUAUGCCAGGUAAAAAAACACCUAGAAACCGUUUUAUUACUCUCACGUCGUUACUAUCAUUUACUUAAAACUACCCGUUAAAACUGUGUAUGGCAGUUUAUUUAAAAGUCCCCGCUUCAACAUGAUUUUUCCUCGAAAACCUGAAGCCUGUCCAUUGUUAAUUAACAGUUAAUGAAUGAGGCUGUGUAUCUUAUGAAGAUUUAUGGAGAUCGAGGAGGGUGUUAUUCGACGAGGCCGUAGGCCGAGGCGGAUAACACCCUCCAAGAUCUCCAUAAUUCUUCAUAUGAUACGAAAGCCGAAUUCAGUAACUGUUUUAUUAUUCAUUCAAAGUAAUUCCUAGUUUAAAAACAUAGCUAAAACAUGCUUACCUCCAUCGAUCCAUCGAUGUUCAGUUCAUCUUCGAUAGUGUACGUUUAGGUUUGUCCAACUCCGCAAAUAUUCUCCAAAUAGCAGAUGUCGCCCCUCGAGUUGUCUUCUUGCUGUUCUUGCCAUGUUUUUAGCUAUUUUUUCGCCUGGUUCUUACUCUUGAAACGAGUGAAAUGUCCGCCAUUUUUUCAAGUUCACAACCAAAACAACUCAACCUCGUGCCCAGGUCUUCUCGGUUAACGGUGCUUUAACCUGCGAAAACGCUGCAUUUUUGACGUCAUUUCCUCGUUAAAGUCAAAAUUCCUCCAAAUUUGGUCAUGGGUAACUGGUUAUGGUGAAUUAAACGUGUGAUUUUAGCCAAUCAGAAUCGGGGAAAUAUAAGGCGAGAUAACAGAGGAUUAUGAUAUGAUUAUGAUUAUGAUAUCCAAGGUCUAUUCCGUGCCUCGAAAACAAGGAAGACGGCUGGUGGGUAUAGACUUUGUCGACUUUGGUCUGUAAUCAUUGUUUGCGAGUAAGCUACUGGCGUGUAUCAACGUAUUUAUCCUUUCAAUUCCAAAUGAGAAGGAAAGAGAAAUAAUCAUGUGAAUUCUUUUUCGUUGCUGUUCUAAAUUAAUCUAAGUAUAAAUGAUGACAUGCCUAAUUUAAUUCUUAGAGUUAAGGCCUGAAAACGGGUGUAAAAAAUGACGUGUUUUGGUCUGAAAUAGAGUCAGGAUUUGGAGAACCGGGCGGCACACCCCCACUAAGAAUUCCCAAGAGUACCCUCCCUCCCCCCACCCCCGCCUUAUUUAAGAUCCCGUGUUGUCUUCGUCUCAGCUAAUUACAAGUCAUCUUUAAUUUCAGCGAUCUAUGCUGGGUUUUCUUGGUAUUCCAGGAUCAAAUGGUAUACCGGGAGUGCCGGGCGUUCCGGGGCCACACGGACCCCGGGGAAGGGAAGGUGUAAAAGGACAAAUUGGUGAUAAAGGAUCGCAAGGAAUGCCGGGUCCGAGAGGAGACAGAGGGCGCGAAGGACCCCCUGGGAAGAGUGGACCCCGAGGAAUUAAGGGAAUGAAAGGUCAACAGGGACUUCUGGGAAUGAAAGGAGAGCCAGGCAUUGUGGGAAUUAAAGGAGCACGAGGCAUUAUGGGGAAUCAAGGAAAAAAGGAGACAGAGGAGAAAAAGGAGAAAGCGCCAAAGCAAGUCAAGCAAGAGUAG